AGGGAAAUCAGAAUGAAUCACACUUAUGUUAAUGGUGUGAUAGAUUACACGGUCCCCUGUCUAUAUGUUUGGUUUCUGUGAUUUUGAUUCCAGACUCUGAAAUCAGGCCAGCUUACUUUGUUUUUGCCGUCAGCUUUGUUCGCAUGCAAACAUUCCAUAGUGGCUGAGACACCAGCAAAUAACCAACAUGAUGAAACCAUUAACUAAAUGACUGCACAGCAUCCGACUAAAGAGGCGGUCUAGGCUCUGUGCAUCUUAUGGUUAAGUUCUGUCCGUGGUGGUCUCCAAUGGUCUGUUGUUUGUUCAAUAAAGUUGUGGGGGAAAAAAUGGUCACGUGAUUCCAGUCAUAUGAUGGGAUACAGUACAUCUGAAGGGUCACAGCAAGAAGGGAAAUCCGUGUCUAAUACAGCUACCAGCUGUGGGACAUUUUAGCCAACAUUAUCAGCUGGUUUAACGUCUCUGAAGACACAUCGGCGCUGAACAGUUUGACUUAGCUUCCGUGCUAACACCUGGUGUAAUCAUGCUAGCCGUGUUUGUUGUUGUUAUUGCUUUGGUUUCUCAAACGGCGGCUCGGUACACUGCGAACUGGACGAGUUUGGACGCCAGGCCGCUGCCUGCGUGGUACGACGAAGCCAAGGUGGGGAUCUUUGUCCACUGGGGUGUGUUUUCCGUCCCCGGGUUUGGCAGCGAGUGGUUCUGGUGGCACUGGCAGGGACAGCAGCCCCCGGACCAGAAGUGUGUGAGCUACAUGUCGAAGAACUACCCGCCGGGUUUCAGCUACCCGGAGUUUGCUCCCCAGUUUCACGCCCAGUUCUACAACCCGGGGGACUGGGCGGACAUGUUCAAGGCUUCUGGUGCAAAAUAUGUCGUCCUGACUGCCAAACACCACGAAGGAUUCACUAACUGGGGGUCCCCGAACUCCUGGAACUGGAAUUCAGUUGAUACUGGUCCUCACAGAGACCUGGUGGGAGACCUGGCGGAGGCAGUGCGCAACAGGUCUUUGCACUAUGGACUCUACAACUCCUUGUAUGAGUGGUUCAACCCUCUCUACCUGGCUGACAAGAAGAAUGGAUUCAAAACACAGCAGUUUGUGAUGCAUAAACUGCUACCGGAGCUUUACAACAUGGUUGUAAGGUACAGACCUGAUCUGAUCUGGUCUGAUGGGGACUGGGAAGCGCCUGACACCUACUGGAACUCCACCGAGUUCCUGGCCUGGCUCUACAAUGACAGCCCUGUCAAAGAUACUGUUGUGACCAAUGACAGAUGGGGAGCCGGCUGUGCGUGUAAACACGGUGGCUACUAUAACUGUGCAGACAAAUAUACUCCAGGCCAGCUGCCCAAGCACAAAUGGGAGAAGUGCACGUCUGUGGACAUGCUUUCCUGGGGUUACCGUCGAAAUAUGAAGAUGAGUGAGCUGAUGGACUUGCCGGCUAUCAUAGAGGAUCUGGUUCGCACUGUGGCUCUGGGAGGUAACUACCUUCUGAAUGUGGGUCCUACACCUGAUGGGAUGAUCCCUGCAGUGUUUGAGGAGAGACUCAGGGGUGUUGGAGCCUGGCUGAAGAUGAACGGGGAGGCCAUAUACGCCUCCAAACCCUGGAGGGUCCAGAACGAGAACACCACUGUACCAGUCUGGUAUACAGCCAAAGGGACCACUGUCUACGCCAUCAUGACAGCCAAACCUCCCAAGCUCACAUUGCAACUAUUAGGACCCAAAACAUCAGCAGCCACUAAGGUGACCUUGUUGGGGAAUCCAAAUCCCCUACCCUGGGCCCCGCUCCACCCCAGUGCUGGCCUUACUGUCCUCCUACCUGAACUACCCUAUUCCCCCGGUCAGGCCUGGACACUCAAACUGGACGGCAUCCAGUGAGCCUCACACCCCAGAAGUGUUCAACCCCAAAACGGUUGAAUAUUGAAAAUUUGUUCAUCUCAGGUUGUGAUUAUGUUUGUGGGAUAUUAGGAAACGUAUGCACUAUGGUUGAAGGGACAGCGUUUGUGUAAUGGUAUGAGUAUUUUUGCCAAAAUGAAAGAAUGAAACACUCUCCUUCAAUGAUGCCUUUGUGGGUCACUGCUUCUUAAUUGUACUGUUUUUUGUUUUUUAAUGACUGAAAGAUUAUGAAUUAAAUAUUAACAUUCUGUUCAGCAUAUGAAGCGUUCAUGGCAGCUUCUCAGCUGUCUAAUUGCAGCUUCAGAAACAAUUUGUUUUUUUAAGGGGUACGUUGAAAAAAAAAAAAAUGCACUUUUUUACUCGAUGCUUUUAAAAUGACUUUAAUAAAAGAUGAUUUUUCUGAUGAA